AUGCUAGGGGAAAAUUCACUACUUGGAGCUUUUUUUUUCUUUUUCCUGGAAGGAUUAUCCCAGUAGCCGAGGCUACAUAUUUUUCUCUUGUUCAGCCUUAUAAUGUAUCUGACUUCCCUCCUGGUCUUGGGCACUCUCGUUUUAAUCACUGUCUUAGAUUCAUACCUCCAAACCCUCAUGUGUUUGUCUCUUAGAAAUCUCUCUUCCAUAGAUAUUUGUUACAUAUCUGCUUUUCUUCCUACUUUAUUGGUCAUCUUGCUGUCAUCACAGAAUACCAUCCUCUUUUCUGGGUGUGCUGUGCAGAUGUACAGGUCCCUUGCCAUGGGCUGUGUGCUUCUGGCUGUGAUGGUGGAUGUGCUUGUUGCCAUUUGCAAACCACUGAGAUACUCCAUUAUCAUAAACAGGCAAGUCUGUGUGCAGAUGGCAGCUGUCUCUUGGGUGAUGGGCUGUCUGAUUGCCCUGCUGGAAACCAGCUUUGCCCUGCAGACACCCCUCUGUGGGAAUCUCAUUGAUCACUUCACCUGUGAAAUCCUGGCAGUGCUCAAGUUAGCUUGUACAAGUUCACUGCUCACAGACAUGGUCAUGUUAGUGGUGAGCAUUAUCCUCCUGUCCAUUCUGGUACUCUUAAUUUGUCUCUCUUGUAUCAUCAUCCUUUCUACUAUUCUGAGGAUCAACACAGCAGAGGGAAGAAGCAAAGCCUUUCUGCUUGUGGUGCACACUUGACUGGUGAUCUUAUAUUAUGGGGCUGCUCUCUCCAUGUACCUGAAGCCUUCUUCAUCAAAGUCACAAGAAAUAGACAAAAUCAUCACAUUACUUUAUGGGGUGCUCACUGCUACAUUGAACCCCAUAAUUUAUAGUUUAAGAAACAAAGAGGUCAGAGAUGCUGUGAAAAAACUCCUGAUAAGGCAUCAUUGA